AGAUGAAAAAUGAAUGAACAAAUAGAACAAGAAAAAUUUUAUAAAAGACAAACCCAACUACCUGGACAGGUUUAUUAUAAUUCAAAGCUUAAGCGGUGUUAACAGAAGGUCUCUCGUCUUGAAGUGAAUUAAACCUUAUACAAAAUAAAAUACAAAACAACGAAGACAUAACAAAUAUCAACAAUUAUGUGGAAGUUGAUAUUAGCUUGUGCUGUUAUGCUUGGAUCUGCGAGUACAUCUCAUCAAAAAAGAUAUGUUGACAAUUACGGAUCUGGCAGAAAUUACGCUCCCGAUUAUGGAUUUUUUGAUCCAUAUGAAUUCCAACAAAAAUUAAGUCAACAAAUUAUGUCACAGCAAAACCAUCAUAACAGAGCGCUUUCUUCGGUGUUUGCCACAAAUGAUGCAUCUGCAUUUGCUGAAGCUUCAAAUGUCCCCGAUUUCGAUGAGCUCUUCCAAGAACAAUUCUCCCAUCAACAAAGAUUCUUUGAUAAUCUUCGUCGUCAAUCCCAAGCUGCUGCAGCAGGAGCUUUCAGUGGUGCUUCAUCUAGUUCUGGUGGAUUUGGAUCUGGUUCUGGGUAUGGAACUCGAUCUGGAUUCGGAUCUGGAUAUGGAAAUGGAUAUGGACCAGGAUCUGGAUCUGGUUCAGAUUAUGGUUCAUCUUCUGGUAAUUAUGCACCAAAUUAUGCUUCAGCCAGUGGAAGUUAUGGUCCAGGAGGUGGACAUCAAACUGCUUCAAUUUACCCAGAAAAUCCGAACGUUCCCAACAUAAAUACUCGAUUUUCCGAUGACGAUAGUGGAAUUGGAGGCGGCAGUAGCGGCGGCGGUGGUGGUGGCUACCGUGGAGUUUCUGUGAGUUCCUAUUCAAGUUCAUCAGAUGUCAAUGGUAAAAAGACAAAUCAACGUGGUGCUUCAACAACAAUCAAUGACAAUGGAAAAGUCACAACAUACCGCGUUCACUCUUAGAUGACAAAAUUUAAAAUAUAGCUAUGUACCUACCUAUUCGAAAAUAUAUAACUGUGUAUUUGUAAAACGUCCAUUAAUAUGAUUUAUUUAAAAGAAAAACAAAUAAAAUAAUAUGUUUUAUUUUUUUAAACUUAUCGUUGAA